AUGGCAGCAGCAGCGGCUACGAGUGUCGUGGUAUUGGAUCGCGGCAACAACACAACCUGCACGAUAAAUCUGCAUGGUCAAAUAAAACUAGCAGGUAAUCUUCCAACACUUCAGAAUUCUAUUUUUGGAUGGGUUGUAGCUAGCAAUGUUGAAACUUCAAAUUCAAGCACGGUGACUUGUGGUAUAUGCACUACUAAGGACCUAGAAGAAUCUAUAUUGAAAUUCUGGGAAUCAGAGGAAAUUCCAGAUUCAACUUCGGAACUCACAGAAGACGAAUUGCGUUGUGAGUCACAUUUUUUGCAACACACUUUUCGAGGAAGUGAUAGCAGAUUUGUUGUGAAACUCCCACUAAAGAAUCAUACCUCAGUGUUACCAGAUACAAAAGGAAUCGCUUACGAAAGGUUCAAGACAAUCGAGCGCCGUUUCAUUCAAAAUCCUGAUCUAAAGAAUCAAUAUGUUUCAUUUAUGAGGGAAUAUGAAGCAUUGGGACGCAUGACAAAAUUCAGCGGUAGCGAAAUAAUAUCUCCCCAAUAUUUCAUCCCGCACCACUGUGUGCUACGUCCAGACAGCUCAACAUCAAAACUGCGAGUUGUAUUUGACGUAUCAGUACACAAACUAUCAGGGUCGUUAUUAAAUGACAUAAUAAUUAAUGGUCCAAAAGUUCAAGACGAACUGUUUUCGAUUUUGCUGAGAUUUAGAAUGCACAAAUAUGUUUUAAAAACUGAAGAAAUGUACCGUCAGAUAUGGGUUAACAAGGAUGAUCGAAAUCUGCAACCCAUCAUGUGGCGAGAAAGUCCCACAGAACUACUUAAUUAUUAUCAAUUGAACACAGUCACUUAUGGCACACGAGCAGCGGUAUAUUUAGCAACACGCUGUUUAACAAAAUUGGCUGAUGAAUAUUAA